UUUGAAUUUAUAAAUGCUUUUCGUUUAUUUGCUAAUUUUGGAGACUAUUUAUAACUCUCUUAUAUCGGACUUUAAUUAUAAGUACAAAUUUUAUACAAAUUUGAUACAAAUUUCAUUUUGUCUUCAAUUUAGACUAAUCAUCAAAUAAUGGCAAACGAUAGAUGUGUCAAUCCGUUUGUCCAUAGGUUUCGGUUCCGGACUAUUGAUUACUUCCAGAUAAUCAUCGGUACGAUAUUAUUAGUUCCCAUGCGGAUAGUGCUCACAGUAUUUCUAUUCAUGUUGGCCUCAACUUUCGCUAAGUUUGCAAUUUAUUUGUUAAACAAAUUGCAACUCGAAAAAGAAGCCGAAAAUAAAUGGAGAUAUUAUUUAAGGAUUCCGUGUGUUUGGACCUUCAGAGCCAUGUUUUUCUGUUCGGGAUUUCAUCGCGUCAAUAUUGUGGACAAGGCCGGUCCCGACGCUGAGAAAGAGGCCCGGGUGCUA